AUGCGGCAAAUGAAACAUCUCGACCACAGCUGGGAAGCGUCUCUCGAAACGUUUCACACGAACAAGGACCCCAUGCAAGUCCUUGAACGUAUUGAAGAAAACUGGUCAAAAAUUGAACAACUACAAGCACGACUACAAAUCGAGUUUGACUCCUACCAAAGCCAACCAACGGGAUCUCUCCGUCGCACCACACCAACUCCAGCCACCUCCCCGUCUCGUCCAGCCACACCAACUUCAGCUCCACCUCUGCCCACAGCCACCGAAACUCCUCCAGCCACAAUCUACGUCCAACAAAACCCCAACCCGAGCGAAAUUGCGAAAUUCGACGGCAACUAUCUCCAAUGGCCAGCCUUCAACGAAUCGAUCCACAACAUACUGGAUCCAGCACCCCUCCCCUUACAACAGAAAUUUUCUUGGCUUCUCAAAGCCACCAGCGGAAGACCAAAAUUAGCCCUGGACACCUUGCCCAUCGAAGCAGCCUCCUACCAAAAGGGACUUCAACUUCUUCGACAAGAAUAUGAUCGUCCAACUAUCCUUGCCGACUGUUUCCGCGACCAAAUCCUUCAAUCAAAAGCCGCUCAUUCUUCCAACACUGAGCCCAGAACGGAUGACUACAUAGCUCUCGUUCACUCGCUACAAGCUCUACUACAUCGCCUCCAACAAUACGACCAAACAGCUGAAAACUCGCCCAUCUACACUCAAAUCAUCAAGCGCAAAUUUCCGAAACGGCUCAUCGCUAAACUGACAAAUGCGACAACCGCCAACUCAUUGCUCGACUCACUGAAGCAACUCCUUCUCGCCGAAAAGGACCUCAACCUACUACACAAUGCCGACGGAGCCGCCACUCAGCACAUCAAACAUGGGUUCAACGCUCCCGUACGUCACUCCCCUCGAUCCAACAAUUGGACAUCUCAUCACAACUCCCAAUCUGGGACCUCUGGCGCAGCUCGACAUCGAAAACUCUGUCCUCUCUGCCCACCGAACCAAUCACCAGCCCAUACCAUUUGGAAUUGUCCACUCGACCCAAGACAACGCAACGAAGCCGCCAAACAGAAAAAGCUCUGCAAAAACUGCUGCUACGACUCACACAACACCUGGGAGUGUCCUUCAUCAUUCAAGUGCAAAACUUGCCAACGCCCCCAUCACACGGCCCUCCACAUCGACUUCGCUACCGCGCCUUCAGCUCAUUCUCAC